AUGGUUCUCUCACUCAGUUACCGCCGUCCCGUCUAUGUUUCACCAUCGCGCCAAUCUCUCGACUCCGAGAAGGGUGGCCAGGCUGAGUCUGUCACCUCCAGCACCAGCUCACCUUACGGUAUCCCCGAUGCUCUUUCCUUUGACAGAAUCAUCAGUAAUGGCACCUGCCCACCUGUGACCAUUCGCGAGUUCAUGGAUUUCCUUCGCUACAUUGAAUACGAUGCCGAGAAUCUCCAGUUCUAUCUCUGGUACCGUGGUUACUGCGAGCGAUUCGCUCAACUCCCGGAGAGUGAACAGCAGCUGGCCAAAGAAUGGACUCCCGAGCAAGCUCUGGCAGAGAAGACCAGCGCUGAGAAGGAGAAACUUCCCAAGAAGAUUGCUCCCGAGGCUGCUGCAGCUCUCAAAGGAACCGAUUUUGACCCUCAGGCCAGAGUCGUCAUUCCAGAAGCUGUGCACAAUCCUUUCAACACACCACCACGAACACCGUCUGCCACUGAUCGUGACAGUGUCGCUCCUUCCACCGUUGGCUGGAGUGAGGACGGUUCCACCUUGCCAGCUGGUUCUUUGAACCACGGACAGAAGACUCAGACCGCUUUCAACGAAGCAGGUACUCUUCAACCAUUCACCAUUCAGCCAUUCCGUGAGGAGAUCUCUCGCAUAAUUGCGAUCUAUAUUGCUGAUGGCGGAGCGCGUCUGCUUAACCUUUCGGCCAAAGAGAAAUCUGUGCUCCUCAAGGCACUGUCUGUCACCACUCACCCUUCCGCUUUCCGAGAUGUCGUUGCAACCGUUGAAUGGACCCUUCGUCAUCAAGCACACCCCAACUUCAUUCGUUGGACAAUUUGCAAUGGCAAUCCACCAAGACAAGCAUUUGCCCGUGGUCUUGGAGUUGGUGGCAUAGUGGCCGGCAUCGUUUAUGCCAUCGUCAUAACCUUGAGCUCCGCAAACCGUGGCUGGAGGGCCCUUGCUUUCCUCGGCUUCUUCAUUGGUAUAUCCACACUGUUUGCGGCUUGGAAGGGCAUGUGUGUUGUUUUGCACGGCAUGCACCAUCGUCAUCUGCGGCCUUGGGAACUUUUCCAGGAUUCCGAGACAGCGUCUGCCGAAUAUGCUUCAGGAAAAGGAUCAUUCGAUAGCGUGGGAUCGGGCAACAGUUAUGAAGAUGAACCUUGGGUCGCACAAUACGAAAAACGCAAUGUCAUUCGCAAGAUCUUCGAUCGUGAAGUCUGGAUCAAGGAGCCCGCUCUUCGCCAAAUCCAGGACACCAUUUUCGUACAAGCUCUUAUCACCGCCUUCGUCAUCGGAGCCAUUAUAACUGCGGUCUUCUUAGCUGUCCCUCGCGGUAACUACUUCUGA